AAAAAAUAAAAACUCUUUUGGAGGAGAGGGUUUAGUUUUAUUUUUUUGUUUAUUGUAAGAGAAGUUCAUGGCCGGAUGUUCAGUUUUAAGUGCUUCAGAUUGUGGGAAAAUUAGUGGUUAUGAGAAUAAUGGUUGUUACCUUGAGGUUAAUACUUAUGAGAAAGAUAGUUUCGAUGAUUCUGAUGUAUACAAGGACAAACUGAAAUGCCUGUUUGAUCAGGUUCUUUCAGCUUUUUUGAAAGAGGUGGCUUGUAAAGGUUGCAUUAGGCCUGUUCCAGCAAGGCUAGGUGAUGGGCAGUCACUAGAUUUGUUCGAACUCUUUUGGGUUGUGAGAGAGAGAGGUGGUUUUCAUAAGGUGUCCGAAAACGGUUUGUGGUCUUUUGUGGUGAUGGAGUUGGGGUUGGAUCUUUGUGUUUUGGCUUCGGUUAAGUUGAUAUAUAGUAGGUAUUUAGGUGAGAUAGAGCAAUGGUUAAUGGGAACUGGUAGUAAAAGUUUGGGAAAUGGAGGGCAUGAUUGUGGUGGGAAUCACGGUUUUUUGUCGUUGGAGUUAGAGAGGGAGUUUAGGGAUUUGCUAAUGAAGUGGCCUUACAAGAUCAAAGAUGAUAGGCUUUCUUUGGUGGAAUAUGAGAGAAAUGGUAGGUAUGUUGAUAUGGAUAUUGAGAAGAGUGCAUUAAAUUUGUGGAAUAACAAAAGUAGGCAUGUGAGAUCUAGUGCUGUUAGAAAAAGCUGUAGUGACUAUGACGAAAAAUUUCUUGAUGACGAUGAAAAAUUACUUAAUGAUGACUCAAUUGUGGGUCAAAACAACUUUUCUUAUCGUAAGAGGAAGCGGGAAUCUUUAUCAGGAAUGUUGAACUGGUUAAUCCAGAUUGCACAGCAUCCUGAUGAUCCUUCAGUUGGGGUAAUUCCUGAGCCAUCUAAGUGGAAGCAGUAUGAAGAGAAGACGCUGUGGGUGCAGGCAAUCAGGGCACGAGAUGCAUUGCUACAAAGAAGACAUGUUGAUUCGAACAUUAAACAGUCUCCCUUGCAGAACAGUCAAAAGAUACAUCCAUCCAUGUAUGAGGACAUUGCAAAUCAUAGUCACUAUUCUAUAGAGAGGUUAAGAUGCAGCGAAAGGCUUCCUACCUCAGUAAAAUCUCGUUUAUGCUCUUGUUGCAAUUCAUGUCCUGCAACUGAGGGUAAAUUGACUAGUCCUCGCAAGAGAGAGUUGGAGACUGGACCAAAGGAGAAAACUCCUCUGAAAAUUAUUUCAUUGGCCACAAAUACAACCGUUGACUCUUGUGGAGAUGAGCCCUUUGAAAAGCAUGUUGCCAUUGGACCUCUCUUUCAAGCUAGUGUCCCUGAGUGGACAGGCAUGGUUGCCGAGAGUAACCCUAAGUGGCUAGGUACAUGCUUAUGGCCUUUGGUAGAUGGAGAACAAAAUACCCUAAUUGAAAGGGAUCCCAUUGGGAGGGGAAGAUCAGAUACAUGUGGCUGUUCGCUUCCGGGUUCUGUUGAAUGUGUUAGAUUUCACAUUGCUGAGAGCAGGAUGAAAUUGAAGCUUGAGCUGGGUUCUGUUUUCUUUUAUUGGAAAUUUGAUAGGAUGGGUGAGGAAGUUUCAGUUCGAUGGACUGUUGAAGAAGAAAAGAGAUUUAAGGAUAUAAUAAAAUUUAAUCCUCACUCUUUGAGUAAGCGCUUGUGGGGCAAUGCAUCCAAAUGCUUUCAUAGGAAGACAAGGGAAGACUUAGUAAGCUAUUACUUUAAUGUAUUCCUUGUCCGCCGCAGAAGUUAUCAGAAUCGUGUGACUCCAAGGGAUAUUGACAGUGAUGAUGAUGAAUCAGAACUUGGAUCUGUUAGUGGCAGUUUUGGGCAUGAAGCAGUGAAGGUUCCUGGCUCCGACAUAAUGAUAUGUGAUAAAAAUAAUCAGUUCACAUAUUUGGAAUAAUGUGUAAUGCAGGUCAGGAGUUACUGUAAUUAGGAACUCAAGUCCCAUGGGCUGCUUUACAUUCCCGUUAAAGUUUAAAGGUUCUUUUCCUCUUUAGCAAUGAAGCAUCACUUAAUGACAAUGAAGAUUUGAUGGUUUUAGUAAUCACAUUGAAGAGUGACGCAAUUUUGAAGGUAAGUUGUGGAGGUGGAAGCAGACCUGGCAGGGUUCUUAAUGAUGCCAAACAACAAAAUAUGGUAAAAUGUGUUAAAAUGUUUCAUGGCUGGCCAUCAAGUUUUUCAAGUUUUCAAAGUAAACUUUUUGUUAUCCAAUGCGAUGGCCGCAUUUUGUAUACUGUCAAUGAAUACAGAUAAACAGCUUUUUGGAUAAAGGAAUAUGGGGGAGGUAGAG